AUGGACGCAGCUGAGAUCGUCAGGGCCAUCAAACCUCUCAAGGGCAAUGUGAUCCCCAUCAAGACCAUACAAGAGACGCAGCCCCCGGAAGACUUUGCCGAUGCAUUUGUUGCAGAGAUCAACGUGAAGUCCGCUUCGAGCGUCAUCAAAGUCCUCGAUUCCAAUUUCCCCCGUGACGAAGGCCUUCCCAUGGGUCACCUACGCCGCUUUGCUAAACGUAACAUGAUCCCAGAGAAACUGCUCGCCGCUAUUGAGGCCGAGAGUUCCCCGGAAUGGCAUGACGGGCAGACCUUGUUUGUGAUGAUACCACCUCCUGUCCCUGAUGCAGAUACUUUGCUGGAGCUUCUCGCCCCCUUUGCGCCGCGGCCUCGCCGUCGCAGCUCCACAACCCCCCCGCGUCGUGACUCUGCGACUCCAUCUACUGGACCUUCUUCACCCACUUCGCAACCGGCAGCUCUACCUUCGACAAAUUCUAAUCCUUCUGAACCUCAAGUCCCUCAAAUUCGCCUCUUUACGACCCGAGUCCCUAUCUACCCUCCCUUGAACAUCAAACAGGCCGAUCAAUGGACAAAGAUGAUGUGGCCUGUGGUGUACAACCCUGCUGCACCUCGCGCAAGCAUCGCACCUCCUCCACAAAUUCUGAAAGGCACUCUUCACUCUAUUCAGCCGAGAGCUGGUCAUUAUUUGGCACUUGCGCACAAAGUCGCUGAAGAGGCUCAAGCAUCUGGCCGCGGGCGCGCCGUAGGCGCCGUCAUCGUGGAUCCCACCGUCGAGCAGGAGCUGGAAAGCAGAGCGUGGGUUGAAGGAAGUGACUCAACCGAGAAUUGGAUGGAAGCCGUGCUCGCUGUUGCUGGUGACGUCCGCUUCGCUCGCGCAGAGGGCGUUCUGUCUCCCGAAGAGAAUCGAACUCUAGGCCACGGUCUCACCCAGGCAACAUCCCAUUAUGAAGCGGAUAUAGAAGGGGGCCCAGACUUGCAUGCCUUGAUGCGUGCGGCGGAGCUGAUUGCUCGCCGACGCCGUGAAGAAGACGAUGAUCUGGCUGAAGUAUCGGAACCAGCACUUCCUGUUGUAUUGACUGACCCACAGCUGUCCAACCAGCUUAGCCCGCUCGAGUCAUAUUUCCUUUACGAAAACAGCAAGACCACCAACGUUUCUGAGCCAGAGCAAUCGAUGGCCUCAACCGUCUCACCUAAGAAACGCAAGCAUGAAGAGUCGGUAACAACAUGGUCGCAUGAGCCAAAGGAUCUGUCUUUACCGGCUGCGUCUUCUGCCGUCGCCUGGGACGAGAAUCCGUUUCCCAUUAGUGCCGUCGAUGGCCAAGCAUCGCCGUCUGGCUCUCAUGACAAUCGGUCUGCAUCUCCCGACUCACGUAUCCGCACCCGCUCUCAGGGCGGAUAUCUCUGUACAGGCUUGGACAUUUACCUUACCCACGAGCCGUGUGUAUGCUGCUCAAUGGGCAUGCUUCUCUCUCGCUUCCGUGCUGUGAUUUUCCUCCGUAAAGGCCGUCUUCCUACUGGGGGAAUCGCUUCGGAGCCCGUCGUCAAGCCCACCCCUGACGACGAUGCCUUCAAGGAGCAAGAGCUUAACUCUGAGGGUCGUGAGUACUAUGGCCUCCAUUGGCGCAAAGAGCUCAACUGGCGCGCCUUGGGAUUCGAAUUCGUCGAGACUGAGCUAAACGAGGCGGGUGAAGCGGUCAUGCUUUCAACGAAAGACGACGGUAGCAACGAGGUUGUUUUCCAUGCUUGA